CUUUUCUCUUGGUGUUGAACCUUUGAAACAUAAUAAAAAAGAAAAUUUUCAAUAUAAGAAUAUUUGAACAACAAAGGUGACCCAUCACACUGCAAUCUAUUAGAUCUAUAAACCAUGGAGGAACGGAAUCGAUACGUGAAGCUGACUAAAGAACAGAAACCUGUUGAAGAUAUUGAGCCUGGUGAACUUAAUCAGCCAAUUGAUGUUCCUCAGUUGGCUGUUCGGAAGUGCAUGGAAUGUGGCCAGCCAUUACCUGAAAGCUAUGCACCUCCUGCUGAUGAGCCUUGGAUGACUGGGAUCUUUGGAUGUGCUGAAGAUAGAGAUAGUUGCUUGACAGGUCUGUUUUGUCCUUGUGUUUUAUUUGGGCGCAAUGUAGAAAGCUUGAAUGAAGACACUCCUUGGACUGGACCAUGCAUUUGCCAUGCCAUUUUUAUUGAGGGUGGCAUUGCUCUGGCAACAGCGACUGCAAUCUUUAAUGGUAUGAUUGACCCAGGGACAUCAUUUCUCAUUUUUGAGGGUUUGUUUUUCACUUGGUGGAUGUGUGGCAUUUACACUGGUCAGGUUCGGCAAUCCUUACAGAAGAAUUAUCACUUAAAGAACUCUCCUUGUGAUCCUUGUUUUGUACACUGCUGCAUGCACUGCUGUGCCUUGUGUCAAGAGCACAGGGAGAUGAAGGGACGGCUCUCGGACAGUAUCGGCUCAGAAAUGACCAUCGUAAAUGCUCCUCCUAUUCAAGAAAUGAAGUCUACUGAUGACAAGGAAAGUCCUGAAGCUUCUUCUUCUAACCACAAUGAGCAUACUAAUUUGGAAAUUCAGGCUCUAUAAAGUAUUACUACCAUUGUUGAUAUCCAAAAGGGUUGAUAGAGAAUUAUUUUGUUGUUGUACUUUGGGAUGAGUUCCCUGUGUUACCUUGGACAUGUAGAUCAUAUAGAUGUAUACAACUUUUCUGCCCUCAAAUGCCAAAUUAUACUGAAUCAAUAACUUGAAAAUUUCAUUGAUUUUUGGCCUUUUUAA